AGGUCGGAGCAUUCAUGAAGUAAUGGUUUCGUUUUCUACCAGCUCUGUCAUCAAGAUGGCGCCCGAGCGAGGCGAGUCGGGACCAGGUGAGGAGAGUACGGGCGUAGCCCCAGCCCACGACCCGAGGUCUCCCAUCAUCUACCUCAAGGAAGGAGAUGGAGCGGUCGAGACUGCUGCGAUAGGCAGAGGCGAAGAUGACGAUCUUACUUCCCUCACUUGGCUCCAAGACAAGAACCUCUUAAAAGGUAUAAACCUGCGUACAAACGGAGCUGGAGGUAAGGAGGAAUCUCCGACUUCCGACUAUGCUGAGGAAUGCCCCAGCGAACAAGGAGAAUCAACGUGCUCAAGUGUUACUUCGUCCAGUCCCUUACCCCCACCUGCCAAAAACAGGCAUCCCCAUCACAUACCAUAUGAUCCCAAGAUCCAUGUUACUUCCAAGCCCCCUUAUUCAUUCUCGUGCCUCAUCUUCAUGUCGAUCGAAGACUCCAAAGGAAAGGCGUUGCCGGUCAAGGAGAUCUACACAUGGAUCUUGGAUCACUUCCCUUACUACCGUAACGCACCCACGGGUUGGAAAAACAGCGUCAGGCACAACCUAUCGCUCAACAAGUGCUUCCGCAAGGUGGACAAGGCACCUAACCUUGGUAAAGGCUCACUUUGGAUGGUCGACCCCGUCUUCCGACCGAACCUGGUGCAGGCUCUAAUGAAAGCACCAUACCAUCCUUACACAAAUCUGGACCGCAAUAACUCAGCGCCACACUUCACUCGCAGGAGUGAAAGCAGUGGUAGUGAAUGCGAAGAAGACGACAUAGCACCCGACGAUGUCGACGCGGCGGCCGCGAUGCUUGUCCUCAAGCACGGACCUCAGGCCAAGUUCCACAUUUCUAGAGAUGACUAUCAAAGGAGGAAUAGGCAGUCGAAUAUGAAGAUGGGAAGGCACAGCAGAGCCGUUUCUCGCAAAGAAGAAGAAUACCCCGGAAGACAGGCCGACGACCACACAUAUUCAAGUAUGGAAUCUGCCGUUGAACCAGACGAAGCAUUUAUGGAUGGUUCUGACUCUAAUUCUACCUGUUCGUUGCACAUUUACGAAGAAGAAGACAGAGAGGACCCAGAGGAGGAGAGACGGAAGACAGCAGAAGGAGCCGACGCACUCCUCAACCUGGCGGGCAUCAAGACCGGCGGCCUGAUAGCGGCAGCCAGCAUCACGUUGUCUCCCGACAGGAAGCGGUGCGCACCGGCACGCGGCGGCCCCCCCUCCAAACGGAAACCUGCGUCUCCCCACAAGCUGAAGGUGAAGAGAUAGGGGGGUCUCUGUUGUGUCACACCACAGCCUUUUUAAGUUUAAAUAGUCUUUGUCUUGUCGUUGUUGUUUGGAAAGGGGGGUUUUGGUCGAUUGUCGGUUGAGAAUGGCUUUAGCGGGCGACCUGCAUCGCCCAACGUCAUAGGGGACUGGCUUGUAGUUAUAGACAAUUAGGAUAGUUAUCGUAAUUGUAACAUUAGUGCGCAACGACUAAACAUUGUUAUUUUCUAUUUAUAUAUCUAUAUCAAGUCCUGUUACUAUUGUAUAAUUUAUUGUUUGUCAGCAACAAUUUUUAAUGAUUGUAUCGAUAACUUACUUUAUUAAUUUAAUAUUAAUUACUGUUAAUGUUUGUAACAUUAUAAGUUGUUCAAACUGUUUUUGGCCGAAGUAGGUGUCUUCAGGUAUUACGAACUGUCAGCAGUUCAUUAUUUAUACGCUGAACGAACGAAUCUAAAAAAUUACAUUUUAAAUAAAAAAUCAACACGAAGCCGUUGUUAAGAACAGUUUGAACAAUUGAAAACUAUUGAAAUUUUUGUAUGUUUACUUCUUUAUAAAUAAAUUAUAACAAUUGUUGAUUAAUACUAUGCUGUUUUUUGUUAGUAUAUAUAUGCAUAAGUUUAUGUUACCUCUUAAGGGCAAGAUUAAGUUUUGAGCAAAUGUGUUGAAAAUGCAAUAGUUUGUGGGACGUUGGAAUCUAGGCCAUUUGACGACCCUGGCCCCUCCCCUUCUGAACUUAUCGUAGUAAAAUGUAUUUAAUAUUUAGGAGAAUUAAUAUAUAUAUAUAUAUAUAUUUAUGUUGAGGACGAAUGUUACAAUGGCACGUUCUGUCCCGAUUAGUCCAAUUUAUUUUACCUUUAUACCUAGUUUGUUUAUUGUAAAAUUAUAUUUUAUUUUAUUUUUUUUUAAUUAUUAUUGUUAAAAGUGGCAUGAGAUGUAUAGAGUUGAGUGAUUUAGCAACAAUAGCUUUUGCCCCGUUAAACAAUAAAACAUUUAGCAUAUGGAUGCAAAAUGAAAAAAAAUAAAUAAAUAUGAAUAAUAUUUUGAAAAACAAAAAAAAAAUAUAUAUAUAGAGAGAUAUAAUAGAACAAAUAUAUUCUCAAAGGCAUAGUAAUGUAUGUUCUUAUAAUGAUAGCACAUUUUCAUUGUUGACUACUGCUAUGUGGUAAUAUGUGUUGACAAUAUUUGAAAGAGAAGAAUGGUAAAAAAUUUGUUCUGACAAGAGUUAUCUUACCUUCGUAAUUGCUAAAGCCUGUUGUAUAUAGCUGUAACAUUUUAAUUUUGUUACGUUGUUGAAUUUGAUAGAAAUAUAUAUUUGGGUUAUUUAUUUAAGGUAUUUAUUAGUAAAAAAUUGUUUUAUUUUAUUUAACUUUUUUUUUUGUUAAUUUAUGGCUACAGUGGAAACCAAAAUUGUUUCCUUUCAAAUGUGUAUGAUUGCUGUGCCAUUUUCGGGUAAACGUUAGCAAAAAUACUCUUUUUUUUUUUUCAUUUUUCUUACUAUCACAUUCUUCCUUAUCAGUAAAUUUCUGUCGGGCAGUUCAGUAAAAUUGUGGGAGAUUGUCGCCCAGCUGUAAAUCUAUUAUUGGUCAAUUCUAUAUAUUUAAAACAGAUGUCGAAUUUUUUCUAAAAAUGUAAUCCUUUUUGUACAUAUUUAUAUAUAAAUGACAUGCAUACAUCUUUAUAAAAACAUUGUAUAAUUUUUUUAGUAUACUGGUGUGUAUGUGUUUACUCACACAUCAAUAGGAUAUAUAACCAAUUUUUGAAGCUUUCUGUGAGGAAAAGAAAAAAAAAAAUUUUUUUUACAAAUAUGUGCCAAAAUCUCCAAUAUUUUAAGAAUCCUUCAACUGUCUAUACCGAUUAGAUACUAUCGCAGCGUAGCCUGUUAUUUUUAGCCAACCUCUUUGUCUUUGUGAUAAAAAAAUUUCACAGUUAAGCCUCUCUGGCCCCUCGUUAGCGGUAACAUUGCUCGUAGAAGCAGCAAAGAAAAGUCUAUCGGAAUUGUGAUAUUGGUGUUAGUCUCUUGAUAACAAUCAUUCGCUGUUCAAUUUUUGGUAGGGAUUUUAGUAUAAAUAGUAUUAUAAAAUGAAAAAAAAAAAUUAAUAUUUCUUAUAAAAUACAUGCUAAAAUAAAUAUAUAUAUUUAAUAGAAUUUUUGAAAAAUAUUCUGUAAAUAGCAGAGGUUAUCUUUAGAAUCCUUUUUUCUAUGAAAUUAGAUUUCUCUAUAAUUUUUUUGUGAGAAAAUAAUAUUUUUAGAACGUGAAGAGACAAAUAUGUUUUUGUCCGCAGUUGACCAAAAACAUUUUUUUUUUUUUUAUUAUUAUGAAAGGGGCUCGUAGAUGAGUAAUACUUAUACCAAUGCUGACUGGGCAAUAUUUCUCAAAAUAUUAAUUUUUUCCAUAUUAUCUGUCUUUGAUUGACAAGAUCUAUAUGAGAAAAUAUACUGUUCUUGAGCUCACCAGUUUUGUUUAACCUAUUUUUAAACUUUUAAGUUAAUUCCUCAAUAGAAGAAAUUAUACAGUACGAUCUGAAUGAGAUUCUUACUUUCAAAAAGCAAAUAAAAAAAAAUUAGUAAGGAUUGGAAAGUUUUAUUUAGAAAAAGAAAUUUAGAGAGUUUUUGAUGAAUUUCUAACAUAAUAUAAUAAUAUGACCUCACACACACUUUUCCUGUAGUUAUUUUCCAAAUAUUGUUAGUGUUGUUUUAUGAAAAUAGGUUCAACCAAACCUAUUUUUUAACCAAAGUGGGAAAGUCGAGAUUCAUUCUUUGCUAAUAUCAAAGAUAAAUAGUGAAGGAACUCCAAAAUAAUAACUUUAAUGGUUCAUUGCACAUAUUUUUUCUCGAACAUCCCCCUACAACGAUCGAUUUGGGCAUUAUUUAGAUAGCGCUGUAUAUAUUUUCAAGUACUAUUUUAUUUCCGCUUAUGUUUGUUAUAAUUAGUAAAUAUUGUUGCCUUGCGGCAACAAACUUGAGAAAUAUUGUUGGUUAUCUAGCAUUAUUGUUAUUACUUAUCGAGCCCCUAAAAACACCGGAAGCAAUACUUUAAAAAAAUAUAUAUAUUGAAACAUUCGGGGAAUUCGAUGCUGUUCCAAAGAGGAUGGUCUUAUUGAAGAAAAUUUCGAAAAGAAAAAUGUUUAGCUAAGUCUUCCCUGUGUAGUGGCCAAAUUAUAUAAUAUAUAUUACUGAUUAACGUUAGGUUCUAGACGUAGCCCUAAGACAGAUUCAUAGGCUGUAAAUAAUAAUAUCGGACACAACUUGUACUUUAAAUCGGAUAAGUAUAGAAGAAAUCAUGUACGCUUAUAAUGUGCAGAGGCCUAUCUAUAUAGUAGCGUGUGUUUGUCAACAGCCAAAAAUGUCCGUCUUUCUUCAGUAUCUACAAUAAGUUUAAUCUACUCGGUAGGGUAUUUACUUUGAGACUUUUUGGCCUGUCGAUUCUAAAAGAAAAAAAAAAAUGUAUAUUAAAAGAGUAACAUAUGUCCAUUAUAGAGAAAUGUCUCGGGACAUUGGAAUUAGUUUUAAAAGUGUGCGCUGUCUUCCAGAUAGAUGAAACGUGUUGCGUGUGCACACUUCCAGCCUCAUAUAUAAUAUAUAUGUAUAAAAAUAGGGUAUGUUUCGUAGGCAACAGUAGGUUGGCUGUUAACGUGAACAAGGGCGUUUAUCCUUACGAAAUAGGUUGUCCCCACAUUUUUAUUUUAUUUUUAAAAUUUAUCAAAAGUGCUAGUGGUCUUGGUUGAUCUAUACAUACACAUUUGUAUAAGAAUACAAAUAUGUGUCUAUAUAGACAUAGAUUUAUUAGAGCGAUAAAAUAAUGACGUAUAUAUACAAUAUACAGAUAUAUUAUAUGUAUAUGGCGAUAUAUAUAUAUAAUAAAAAAGCA